AUGUCCUCCUUCGAAUUGACUAAACAUCACCAAGACAACAACAUGACCGUCUCGGAUUCAAGUCCCACUGUCUCAUCAUCAGCGGCGGCACCACGUGGUCUCGACCAUGCUCCUCAUCAUCUCCUCUCCGAAAUGAUGACCAACAUUGGCGUGAGUGUUGCCGAUCUAUCGAAAAAACAUGUCGUCCUUCUCAUCUUUCUCCGAUACUUUGGUUGUGUCUUUUGUCAGAGAAAUAUUGUUGAAGUGGUGAAUUGUCUCUCAAGUUUAAUCAAAUUCAAUUGUGUGCCUGUCUUUGUGCAUCAGGAAAGUGAGGAAGAAGCGAAUAAAUUCUUCUCCGAGGAGGGAAUGCCUCAACCUUUGAAAGUGGCUGAUCAUGAAGAGGAGAAAUUACAGAAUUCUCAUCGAUCCAGUGCUGGCUCAAUCCAUGAUGAAGAGAAUACCUUGAACAAUAAUGGAAAAGAGAGUCAUCGAUUGACUCAUCUUCCUCUGCAUAGUCGAGCGGAGUUGAUGAAAAAGUUUCUCCGAGUUUCCGAUCCGGAAGGAAAUUAUUACUAUCAAAAAUUUGGAAUCAAGACGAGUUCCAUGAGUGAUUUCUCAGGAAACAUCAAGACCAUACUCGAGACCAUUCGAUUGUCCGUCACACAGGGCUACAAGAUGAGUUCGAAUCUUUCCGAAAGAGCCUCUCGAACUCAAUUGGCAGCCACGUUUGUGGUGGCUCAUGGUAAGAUUGUGAAUCAGUAUUUUAAUGAGACGGCCUAUGUCGUGCCAGAUGUGUUGGAAAUUUUGUUGGAUUUGGAAGGAAAAUCGAGUGAUAAUGUAUUUGAAUUGUUACAACAUGUUGAAGAAGAAAAAGUGACAUCUGACCUUGAGGAGAACAAAGUUUGUUCAUUCAUGGAUGCAUCAUCCCAUACUAAAGAACACGAAGAUCAAUCGAUUAGUACUUCUAAAAAAGCAUCUCCAUCCAUGGUUUCACAUAUUAAGGAAUUGGAACAAAACUUUCCAACAGCAAAGAAUAUUCUUGGAGGUACCAAUCCAUCAUUUACCACAAUGACCACUGCAACAACUACUGGAACUGCACGAACGACCACAACGAUGACAACGACGAACACGAACAAGAAAAAGUACAAAACCAACAAAGAAUCUUCCUCCUCAUGUCUUUUUCGUGGUUCUCACAACAGAAACUCAACGCAAAUGGAUCCUUCCAAAUUAUUAACACUCGAAAAAGUCUUACUGAAUGAUGACUAUCGAAAAGUAUUCAAAUUAUUUGCUGCAAAAUUGUAUGCAGUGGAGAGUUUAUUGUUUUGGGAACAAGCCACACGUUAUCAGAACACUUCGAAUGAGAAAACAAGAGAAAAAGCAGCUCGAGUGAUUAUUGACACUUAUUUGGAUCCAAAUUCUCCAUUGGAAAUUAAUACAUCAUCUACCAUGAAACAUCUCGUGUUGAAUCGAUAUGAAAAAGAAGGUUGUGUGAUUCAUUUGUUUGAUGAACUCAUUCGAAAUAUGGAAUCUGAUUCGAUCAUGGACACGUAUUUGAGAUUUUUGGAAAGUGAUCUUUGUAAAGAAAAAAUAUUGAAAAACAAAUUGAAUAAGACAUGA